AUAAAAAAUUUAUCCCAAUAAAAAAGUGUAUGCACUAAAUCAGAAUCACAAGCUUACCCAGGGCUCAACCCAGAUGGCCCGAUUGAAGUUUGGAACGUAAGAUUAGAAGGGUAAGGAUCAGAAAGUGGGUUCUUAGUAUCAAGAGCAACUAUGCAAUACUACCUAAUUUUUUCACCCAAUUCUACAGCUGAAAUGUCAUCCAAUACAGCCUGAACAUGCUUCAGCUCAGCAGCCUUGUCAGCUGUGAUGUUGAUAUCCAUCUUCUCAAGCUUAUCUUUGCAAAAAUCCUUCAACAAAUGGUCGGCUCGGUAACAAGUUCCAGUUUUUUCAUCUUUCACCAUGAGGUCAGUGAAUUUAUCCACAUGACCCGAAGCUUUCAAACAAUUUCUGGUGUCACGCACGGGCAGUCCACUUCCAACACAAAAUGCUGUAAUGAAACUUGAACAAUUCACAAGAUUCAAGGUUCGAAUCCCCAAAUUCCUUAUAACUCUUUCCAUGGUUACAAAAAGCUUUAAAUUUGGAUUAACAGUUUCAAUCAGUGAACCAAAUUCUUCACAUGUUCGAUAGCAAGUUUGAGUCCUUUAGAAAUGAAAGAAAAGGCUAACCUGACGCCAGAGCGCUAGGAUGUUAGACUUGACUGGCGCUGCCAGGUGGCCAGAAUCGUAAAGCCCAGCAACACCACCGUAAAUCUUAAACGACGGUACGUAGAAUAGAUGCCGUUCGAGGGUGCUAACAACGGCUUGACGGAAAGCAUCCCGGUUAAUGACGUUACUGUAACCGUUGCUCACCAUGGCUGUUGGGUUUCGUCGCCGUUCCCCUUUUGCUUCGACGCCGUUCAAGUUGAGACACACGAAAGUGCUUUAACGAUUAGGAUAUUUUCUUCGGAUUUUUUCGACCUCCUCCGUCGUUUUCAUCACCAGAAGAUUCCAACCGUGCGGUCGAGUUAGAUAUUUCCGGUUCCAUGAUAGAAACGGUGACGUUUUUGACAACUCUAACCAUAUAUAAACUCGUCAGUUUUCAGAAAUUUCAAAUUAAUAAAGGCUUAAGUCUUUUCUUGUUAGAGUAUAGGUUUCCUUGCCGUCGGAUUAUUUCCCACCAGAAAUGGAGAAUCGAUGGAGAUUGCAGAUCUCGGAGUCUGAAUCAAUGGAUUGGAUUGGCGUCAAGCUUACCAUACUUGUUUCACGGCAGGAACAAGUGAAGAUCGCUUAUCACCAACUAAAAUCGCAGAUCAAAAUCGGUUUGGCUGAAGCGGAGGAGGUGUUCGCUUCCUUGGCGAUUCCGUUGAUGAAGCUGGUUGGUUUGAAAACAGAGGAAAUGGCUGAAGAAGGACGAUUCACCACGAUCUUCGUCGAUGAUGAUUUCUCUUGUGGAUUCCAUAGGAAUGGUCCCACACCUCAAUCACCAAUGAUAUCACCAUCUAGCAGUGGAGGAGAAUGGAACAAUCAGAGAAAGAAAGAAAGCUGUGCUUCCAAGGCCAUAGUAGCAGGGAAAGAAUUUUUUGAGAAGCAACAAACGCAGUUGAUGCAGCUUGUGCGCCUGCUUAGACAAGUGGAAAACGGAGUCAAUUCUCACCAAGAUGACAUUCUUCAGAGCCUUGCCACAGAAAGGGACUUCCUCCAGAAACUUUUCCGGAAAGCAAUUUAUUAUAUUUCCGCUUUUCACAAUCAAAACCAUGACACCUUCCUGAUCACACUGAAGCUCUUUCAACUAAUAUUUGAUAAAACAGAUGCAGUCCUUAACUCGGUAGAGGAUGGUAUGGAGGGUCUAAUGCAAGAUUUAGCUGAACGAAUGUGUGACCCAAUGGUCGAGUAUGUCAAAGGCCUGAAAGCUGACUUGAAGAUUGGAACAUGUGCACGUUUGCUAGCUAUUGUGGAUGAGAUGGAAAGAUCUAUGAGAAGUGGUAGGAUUGAGUUAGAGGAAGCAAGAAAGAGGGUCAGAGUAGCAGAGGAGGGGAGGAUCAAGGCAUUGUGCAAGUUAAAAGAGACGGAAGAAAAAGUAAGGAGAAUGAAGGAAUACCACGAAUUCCAUGGUGAAAUCCAAAAAGAGCAUAUUGAACAUCUUGUUUCACAAAAGUUCUUAGGCAUGGAGGAAACUGAAGCAAACCAAAACAAGCUAGCAUGGGAACUACGGAGGAAGAUGAGGAAGUUUCGAACACCGAGGAGUCCCAUGGGGCCUAAAGAGCUUCUGUACUUUGAGAGCAACAAGAAGCACCAUCAAUCUACAAGAGAAAGGCCUUCAUCAUAUCACAGGCUAGUCAUUGGAAGUCAUUUGCAAUCUCUGGGUCCAGAAACCCCAUGUCUGGACACUCGGAUUCCCUUGGGUUUAUCACCUUCACCGGCAAUUCAACGAGUGGUUUCGCGCAAGCGCAUCAGCCCCUGUCCGCGGAACCCUUGAUGAUUAAUAAUACGUGUUGGCAUUUUCAGGAAUGGAAAGAACUAUGGUACUUCUCCAAUGACCAAAAAUACCUGUGCUAUUAUCCUAUUUGUUCUGUGUUUUCUUUUUUUUUUUUGGCUUCGGAAACUGGCAACUAUUCUCCAUUCUCGACCCCUAACAUUCAAUAGUUUGGCAAUUGGCAUGGAUGAUUCUUUAUUGAUCAUUUCUGACUCUAAUUUCCCAGUUUCUUGAUGAAAUG